UAAAAAUAUUUGGACAAAUGACCCAUUUUCAGAAUAAACUUUCAGGUUAUAUUCCUGAAGAAAUAAGAAAUAGGAAAGCUAAGCUCACUUAUUGAGUUGACAUUGUCCACAAACAAUCUCGUCGGUCCAAUCCCUACUUCCAUUACUGAACUUAGCAAGCUAGACAGUCUAUGCUUGUAUGAAAAUAAACUUUCUGGUACCAUUCCUCGAGAUAUCGGAAGGCUAACAUCUCUUACUGACCUUGAGUUGUCUACAAACAAUUUCGGUGGUCCGAUCCCUACUUCCAUAUGUAAUCUUACCAACCUAAAUAAAUACUCUAUACCUAUUUCAAAAUAAACUGUCUGGUUACAUUCCUCAAGACAUUGGAAACCUAAGGUCUCUUGUUGACUUAGAGUUAAAUAUGAACAAUCUCAAUGGUCCAAUCCCUACUUCUAUAUGUAAUUUGAGCAACUUAGACAUCCUACUACUUCAUCAAAAUCAACUUUCUGGUCAAAUUCCUCAAGAAAUUGGAAGCCUUAGGUCUCUUACUAACUUGAUGUUGUCCUCAAACAAUCUAACCGGUUCUAUUCCAGCUUCUUUAUGUAAUAUCAGCAACUUAAACAUGUUAUACCUUUUUAACAAUCAACUUUCCGGAACCAUCCCCGAAGAAAUUGGAAAACUAAGUCUCGUUACUGACGUUGGAUUGUGGAAAAAUUAUCUCACUGGUCCAAUGCCUACUUCUAUAUGUAAUUUAACAUAUAUGAAAAUCAGUUUUCCGGUACCAUUCCUCAAGAUAUUGGAAGGCUAAGAUCUCUUACCUACUUUGCUCUGUCUACAAACAAUUUCGUUGGUCGGAUUCCUGCUUCUUUAUGUAAUUUAACAAUUGGGAUGUUGCCUAACUUGCAACGUCUCUAUCUAUAUAAUAAUCAGCUUACCGGACCGAUUCCCAAACAACUUGGGGGAUGUUCAAAUCUACUUGAAUUGGAUUUGAGUAGAACCCGUUUGAACGGAAGCAUUCCACAUCAGAUUGGAAGCUUGAUUUCAUUACAAAUCAGAUUGGAUCUCAGUCAAAAUGAGUUGAGUGGAGAAAUACCAUCUGAGUUUGGGAAACUAAACAAACUAGAAAGAUUAAAUUUGUCACACAACAAGCUUUUUGGUUCAAUUCCUUCUUCAUUUAAUGAAAUGCUUAGCUUGACCGCUGUCGAUGUUUCGUACAAUGAAUUAACUGGUCCUGUUCCAGACAUCAAGGCCUUUAAGGAUGCUCCCUUUGGCGCAUUGAAGAAAAACAGUGGUUUGUGUGGUAAUCACUCGGGAGCUUUUAAACCAUGUAAUUCCACAAUUAUGAAUGGAAGAAAAAAAGCUAAACCCAAACUUGCGGUGAUAAUUCUAGUUCCUCUUUUUGGUGUUUUGUUUCUUGUAUUCACAUUUCUUGCUAUCUUUUUUCGCCUGCGAAAAAGAUUAGUAGGAAGUCUCGAGCAGGUGGAUCAACCUUCAGCUACAAACCCAAGAAGAAACAUAUUCUCGGUACAGAAUUAUGAUGGGAAACUGGUGUUUGAAGAAAUAAUUGCAGCAACAGAAAAUUUUGAUGCUAAAUAUUGCAUUGGGGCGGGAGGAUAUGGGAGUGUCUACAAGGUAGAGUUGUCGACAGGCCAGGUUGUUGCUGUGAAGAAGCUUCACUCGUCAGAUGAAGAUUCUGAAAUAGUUGAUCUUAAAUCUUUCGAAAGUGAAGUUCAUGCAUUGACUGAAAUCAGGCAUAAGAACAUAGUAAAACUCUUUGGUUUCUGCUCUAGUGUAGAGCGACAAAUCUCAUUCUUGAUUUAUGAGUUUGUAGAGAGGGGGAGUUUGAAAAAAAUAUUAUGUGAUGGGGAACAAGCGGCAGAGUUCGAUUGGAUAAAGCGGAUAGGAUUCAUCAAGGGAACAGCUGAUGCACUUGCUUACAUGCACCAUGAUUGCAUUCCAGCAAUAGUGCAUAGGGACAUAUCUAGCAACAAUGUCUUGUUGAAUUUGGAAUAUGAAGCUCGUGUUUCUGAUUUUGGUACCGCGAGGAUUUUGAAGCCAGAUUCAUCUAACUGGACAUCACUUGCAGGAACAUACGGAUAUGUUUCUCCAGAACUUGCCUAUACAAUGAAGGUAACCGAGAAGUGUGAUGUUUAUAGGUUUGGAGUACUCGCGCUAGAAGUACUACACGGUAGGCACCCAUCUGAGAUUAUCACAUUACUCUCUCCUGAGCUCCUUCCAUCUUUAUCUUCAACUUCGACUUCGAAUGUUCCGGUGAAAAAUAUAAUGCUGAAAGAGAUUUUAGAUGAGUGCCUUGAAGCACCAAUGGAUGUUGUGAAGAAAGAGAUAAUGUACUUUGUGAAGGUUGCACUCUCAUGCUUACGUGGUGAUCCACAUACUCGUCCAACAAUGCAAGAAGUAUCGGUGGAGUUAUCACGAUCAGCUCAGAUCAGGCCAUCUUUUGGGAAGCCCUUUGAAACUGUUACAUUGGGAAACCUACUGAUAGGGGAUUUGUAAGAAUUAUGUGCAAGUGCAACUAAAUCUCUCAUUUCACUUGUUUCUUCCAUGACCAUUAAUUGCAGGAAAGAACCUUUUAUUUCUUUGGGUCAAAACCAUUAAAUUCCAUGAAGCUCUUGUUUCAGAUAUUGUAUAAGAACUAUU